CGACUUGCCCAAGGUCCCACAGCCGACAAGUGGCCAAACUGAAAUUAAAACCCAGGUCCUUCUGACUCUCAGGGCCGUUCUCUAUCCACCGGUUCAUGCUGCUUUGCAGGGCGCUCUGCACAAGGAAGCCUGUUGCCUUGGUGCAUGUUUCUGGGAAGAUUUAGGAAGAGGAAUAAAAGGACAUAUAAGACGAAUAAUGCAUUUGGGUGCGGACGCUCUGCCCUGAAGUUGCAAUGUUGGGGGGCCGUGUGAAGCCAGAAGUUCCGGUCUGAGCCCCGUGUCAGCCCUCCAUCUGACGAAGCCAUCUCGAGAACCCGGGCCGUGGAUCUGGAAGCAGCCGGAGGGAGCAGGGAGAGUCGUAUCAGUCCGUUGGCAUUCGGACCGCCUUCACGCCCUCCCGUUUCUGAACCCGAUCCCUCCUUGGGAGGACCCUCGGGGGGCCCGUCUCAGGCACUCAGUCGGAAGACCCAAACGUCGUGGGAACCCAGGCCCCUGCGAGGGAAUGCCCCGAGCUAGAAGCUUCUUCUUCUUUGGACGAAAAGGAAUCGACCCGGAGUAACGCGGAUCCUUUCCUGACUCUUCCCUUCCCCACUUCAUGACGUUUCUCCCCAAUUUUUUCCAGGCCUCAUAUACGCCCCGAGCCUCUGCCUGACACGGUGUCCUUCCACUCCCCAGCCUCCGUCUUUUGGAAGGGGCUGGCGCUUCCCCUCAGAGUGGACACCGUGGGCCCUGGUGCAUUCGGGGUGGGGCGCCUCAGGAUGCCCCUCUGGCCUGUUGCCUAGCGGCCCCUCCCCCUCCGGGAGUCGGGCACCUCCUCCCCUGCCCCCAGUGCCCCCCGCCCCCCCGGCCCGCAGAGUGCGGAAUGAGGCUGCUAUGGCCAAAGUGUGGGUGAAAUUCCAUCGUUGCUUCCGGCGGAGCCCCGUGCGCUUCUUCUCCCUGGUGGCCCUGUACCUGGCGGCGGGCAGCCUGCUCUUCCUGCACUCGGGCUUCGGCGGGGAGCCCGCCCUGUCCCGGGCCCAGCCCAACCCCAACCCGGUCGACGGCGGAGGGCUGGGAGGGCCGGUCCUAGGGACACCGCUGCUCAGGGGGGGCUUCCAGGGAGCUCCCCGGCCCCCCGGCCCUCCCCGAAGGUACGGGCCUUGGUUCCAGGGGGCCGGCAAGGCGCCCUCCGCCGACGGGAGCCGACCGGCGGAUCACGGCGGGGCCUGGAGCCGUGUCCUCAAGGGGAGAGUCACCCGGGAGAAGGAGGAGGACAGAGCGACGUACAUUGGCUGCUACGUUGACGAUACCCACCACCGAGCUCUCCGUGGGGCAUCCUUCUUUGACUACAAAAAGAUGACGGUCUUCCGUUGCCAGGACAACUGUGCCGAACGGGGCUACCUGUACGCGGGCCUGGAGUUCGGGGCCGAAUGCUACUGCGGACACAAGAUCCAGGCCUCGAACACGAGCGAGUCCGAGUGCAGCAUGCAGUGCAAGGGGGAGAAGACCGACAUCUGCGGGGGGGCAGACCGCCUGUCCAUCUUCCGGCUGGAGCUGGCCCAGGAGUCGGCCCGGCGCUAUGGGAGCGCCAUUUUUCGCGGCUGCUUCCGCAGACCAAACAACAUCUCUUUGGCGUUGCCCGUCACGGGCCUCAUGCUGAACCUGUCUGUGGACAAAUGUGUUGACUUUUGCACCGAGAAGGAGUACCCCCUGGCCGCUCUGGCCGGGGUGGGUUGCCACUGUGGCUUCCCCACCCAUCGCUUCACCCUCCAUGAGCGGGAAGACGAGCAGCUGUGUGCGCAGAGGUGCAGCGGCGAGGAGUUCGAGAGCUGCGGGACGGCAGAUUAUUUCAUCGUCUAUCAGACUCAGGUGCAAGAUAACCGCUGCAUGGACAGGCGCUUCCUGCCAGCCCGGUCCAGACAGCUCGCCGCCCUGGCCAGCUUUCCGGGGGCGGGGAAUACCUGGGCCCGCCACCUCAUCGAGCUGGCCACCGGCUUCUACACGGGCAGCUACUACUUUGACGGCUCCCUCUAUAACAAAGGGUUCAAGGGCGAGAGGGACCAUUGGCGGAGCGGGAGAACCGUCUGCGUCAAGACCCACGAGAGUGGUCGGAAGGAGAUCGAGGCCUUUGACGCCGCCAUCCUGCUCAUCCGCAACCCCUACAAGGCCCUCAUGGCCGAGUUCAACCGCAAGUACGGCGGCCACAUCGGCUUCGCCUCCCACGCCCACUGGAAGGGGAAAGAAUGGCCUGAAUUCGUAAAGAAUUAUGCUCCCUGGUGGGCCAGCCACACCUUGGACUGGCUGAAAUACGGCAAGAAGGUCUUGGUGGUUCACUUUGAAGACCUGAAGCAGGACCUCUUCAUCCAGCUUAAGAGGAUGGUCAGCUGGCUGGGCGUCACGGUCUUUGAGGACAGGCUCCUAUGCGUGGAGAGUCAGAAGGACGGGAACUUUAAACGGUCGGGGCUGAGGAAGCUGGAGUAUGACCCUUACAGCCCCGAGAUGAGGAAAAUGAUCGGCAGCUACAUUAAGACAGUGGACAGGACCCUGAAGCUCAGAAACCUCACCGGCGUUCCAGAUUAUUACUACCCUAGAUGAUGGAGCGGGCCUGGGGCGCCAUCUCGACCCAGAGGAUGAUGGAAAGGGAGAUUGGGGGAGGGGGAGAGUGGGUAACUGUUCUGCUGCUGAUGUGUUUCCUGCAUGAGAAAGAUGGAGCCGUCCAGGGAGGGCGUCGCCUAGUUGAGACCAAUUCCCAACUCGGUGACUUGCCAGGCACCCCUCUCCACCCCCGAACCCCAACCUUCUGACCUCCACAUUUUUCAGAGAUCUCCCCCCAGCCCCAAACCCGAAGAACCACAUCUUUUCUACGGUGCACGUUCCUCCCUGGGGGGUGUCUGGGGUGGAUUCUUGGCUGGUUCUUCUCUUCCUCUCUUGAAGCUCACCCGGAGGAAGAAGCCGCUGCCACCAUCAUGCAGGGAGGGGAGGGAAGGGGAAGGUCUGAUCAGAAAGGCUCCUCCUUACAGAUACAUUCAUCCCGGGCUUGAAGGGCUAAGCAUUCGAAGCCCCGUAAGUGUGUACCUCUCCUGGCCCCUGGCUUCUGGCCGCCCAGAGAGGACUCCCACCUGAGGCCCCAGGUUCUUUCCCAAAUUGAGAUCCCCAUUAGUGGCUUCCUUCCCCUCCAGCCUGAGGCACUAAAGGAGCACUAAGAUGUCUGAAUUUCUGCCUCCACUUCCCCACCUUGGUUCUUCCAUAUUUUGGGGUUUGGGAGGAAGCAGAAAAUAGGCCAAGCGGCUCUGCAUUCUGAAGUGGGGGCUGGAUGUGCAACCGAGAACCACCGGCCCAUUCGUGGCCAACUCCCACGCCACCGGGUUCCAGGCAAGACUAUUCGCCCCGGACCGAUCUGAAGCUUCGAGAGGGAGAAGCAGCAUGGCCUAGAGGAAACAGCUUGGGCCUGGGAGGCGGGGAGCUGGGUUCUAAUCCAACC